AUGAGCGGAAGAGGCAAAACUGGAGGCAAAGCCAGGGCUAAGGCCAAGACCAGGUCAUCCCGCGCCGGGCUCCAAUUCCCCGUGGGUCGUGUUCACAGGCUUCUCCGCAAGGGCAACUAUGCUCAACGUGUGGGAGCUGGCGCACCCGUCUAUCUGGCAGCCGUGCUCGAGUACCUCACCGCUGAGAUCCUGGAGUUGGCCGGGAACGCGGCUCGUGACAACAAGAAGACUCGUAUCAUCCCCCGUCACCUGCAGCUGGCCGUCCGCAACGACGAGGAACUCAACAAACUUCUCGGUGGUGUUACGAUCGCUCAGGGUGGAGUGCUGCCCAACAUCCAGGCGGUACUUCUUCCUAAGAAGACCGAGAAGAGUGCGCCAGCCACCGGUGGCGUGAAGAAGCCCCAUCGUUACAGGCCCGGGACUGUGGCUCUGAGAGAGAUCCGUCGUUACCAGAAGUCCACCGAGCUGCUCAUCCGCAAGCUGCCGUUCCAGCGCCUGGUGAGGGAAAUCGCCCAGGAUUUCAAGACCGACCUGCGUUUCCAGAGCUCCGCUGUGAUGGCUCUGCAGGAGGCCAGCGAGGCUUACCUGGUCGGUCUGUUCGAGGACACCAACCUGUGCGCCAUCCACGCCAAGAGGGUCACCAUCAUGCCCAAGGACAUCCAGCUGGCCCGCCGCAUCCGCGGAGAGCGCGCUUAG